CAACAAAGUUUGCGUCUUGGCUAUGCAUUGAACAAAUGUACAUUUUGUAUUCUCGUUUGGAAAAGACGCUGAGAAAUGACAAGUUGUCUGUGGUUAAUGGUGUGGUUAAGGUUAAUUUGUGGUUUACCAGCUUGAUGUAUCUAGUCAUGUGCAAACUAAUAUUAUUAUUUCACUGACACAUAAGCAAGCUUGCUGUAUACGCAAACAGAUAUACAGGGACGCUAAUCACCUUUGACAUUAAGUCUCUUUUUUUUUAAGUUGACUUCCUUAUUCCGACUGGAAUUUCACUUCACUUUCGCUCCCUGUUGAGGUGCCAGUACUUUUGAUCACUUAAGUUACAGUAACACGCAUCUAAACGCUUCAUCUCCAUUUCAUGUCCUGCAGCAGUGAUGGUUGAUGAAACAGUUGUGCUCUUGCACUAAACAUGGUGGGAGGUGCAAACCGAAUUAGAGACCAGAAAGCCCCUUAACCUCAAGCGCAUCUUUUAGGAGACGUCUCUCAAAGGUCUGUUUGUGUGUUUGUUAUUUGUGUUAGACACUUGUUAAGUGUCAGAACAGCCAUAAAAGAGUGGGCAGAUGUACACAAACUGAGAGACUCGAAGCAGUCGGUGUGAGGAAGUCGUUUUCUCUCUUCUGUUUAGCGAUAUCUGCUGUCUCAGAAGCCUCAGUCUGUCGUCUAAACGUCCGGACAUGAACAUUUUUCAACCGUCCUGCCUCUCCAUUUUAGGAGUUCUCCUGGUUUUCUUUCUCCAGGGGUCAUGUACUGAUCAAGUUGUUGAGGUGCACAAAGCUGUCGGAGACUCGCUGGAUUUAAUUGCUGAUUACCCAAAAGAAAAUCUUGAAGUACAGUGGAAAUAUAAGGAUAUUGAAAUUGCUGAGUAUGAUAAAAAUGAGAUCAAAAAGCUGAAAUCUCAAUAUUAUGAAAGGUUAGAGAUGAAUGCGGACAAUAUUAGUAUAACAGUUAAAGAUCUGAAACUCCAGGAUUCUGUACUCUUCUCUAUUGUUGCAAAAACAAACUCUACUCAACAUCCAACAAAAUUCAUAAACCUACAUGUUCAUGAUCUAAUCAGAGAUGUACAGAUUGAGUCCAAUGAUUCCUGGCUGUCGUCAAAAAACAUCUGCAUGUUUCAUCUUUGGUGUCAGGCGUCCGGCGAUCCGAAUUCCUCCUACAGCUGGAGCGGCUAUACGGUCAAGACUGGACAGAACCUGAAUAUCAGCCUCCAUCUAGCAGAGAGCGCUACACUCAACUGCACCGCCAACAACACCAUCAGCGUCAAGCAUACUACUAAGACUGUAGAGUGCAGAGAGCCAUCUGGUACAGGUUUUCUUCAGAUGUAUUUACUGAUCGCAGGAGGCGUCGGUAUCAUCGCUGUUGUCAUAUUCAGUGGAACCGUUGCCGCGUGCUGCAGGUGGAGGAAGCAUACCGGGAAAGAACAAAGUGAAGGUGGUAAUACGGUCUAUGAAGACGUGAACACUGAUGGCAUUGCAAAGAAACGAACUGAAAGUGUUGUAAACGGGAUGACCAUUUAUGAAACGGUGGACGACAUGAAAGGCACGCAAAACUUGCCUCAAACCCUGUAUGACAAAAUCAACUACCAGCGUCACCCUGCGGUCAGCGCCAACACUUCCUCCCCUUACCAGGAAGUCCUGUGAGUGAGGCAGACAGACAGACAGUUCAUGUAUUGUUUUGUCAUCUCUGGAUCUGGUUACCCAUUCUCCUAUAGUCUUGCAUUAAAUGGACUGUUAAAUAUUUCAUGUUGAAACACUUUUUGUAUGAAGGACACUUGUCUUUGUAAAAAGCAUAUUUCACAAUGCACCCCCUGACAGCAACAUAUUGUCGGCCCAGAUCCAGCCCACAUGUGUAAUCCACAUGUACCAGAUGUGGGCCGGAUCUGGGCCACACUAUGUUGCUGUCUGGGCCAAGAUAUUACAUUAUACACUGUACACACUACCAUUCAAAAGUUUGGGGUCAGUAUGAUUUUUUUUGUUUUUGAAAGAAGUCUCUCACGCUUAACAAUACAGUAAAAACUGUACUUGUGAAAUAUUCAAAUUUAAUUUUUUUCUAUUGUAAUGAUAUAUGUUAAAGUAAUUCAUUCUGUGAUCAAAGCAUCAUUACUCCAGUAUUCAGUAGAUAUGUUUCCAACCACCUUUUUUUUGUGCACAUAAACUACGAUGGAAACACACUUACCAAAUAAAUCCCUCGACGCACAACAAAAAACUCAGGUGAAUUUCCCUGAACAGAUGAUGUGAUUGGAUAACUGGAAUAACCAACGUUAAGACCAUUCGCAACACAGCAUCUCAAAUGUUGGUUUAGCUAUUCUGAAACGCCUGAGCCAAAGUCUGUCAUUAGAAUGAUUUGGUUUAAUUCCCUCCCAGAAGCAUCUCACACGAUUGUGUUCUCAAACACCUAGCAUCUGAACUUAAGAGAACAUGAAAGCAUUUAUUGCAUUUCUUCUGCUGCUCUGAGAUGCAAGUCAUUUAUGAUAGAGGAAAAAAGAGCCACAGUUUCUUCCCCAAUUGCAGAAACUUACAUUUUUAUUACAGAUAUUUUUUGCCAUUUUCCCAGGAAGUGACACUUUUGUUCGCUUGAACACAUGUGAUGGAAACGCUGCUUUAUUCUCAAAUGCUUUAUACGGUAUUAAAAUUUUGGAAACAUAGAGCUAGUGUCGCAUAAGGGUGGGUGCUAUACUGGUAUGAAAGUGACUACCGGUAUGAUGUUGUGCCAUGAUAUGGAUUUUGCUAUACCAUGGAUACCCUUAAAUAUUCAUGAAUUCUAAUUUUGCAUUUGUAUUGUUUUGUUUAAUUUUGUACUCUUUACAACUUUUAACAUGACGAUACAGAGUCGAGGCUGAACGUUUAACUUUUUGUCCGCUACCGUGUCCAACGCCUCACUACACAGGCAUUAGUAAUCAAACGCAGAGAGCAUUGAAACAGUCCAAAUUAAUAGAGCACAAACUGCCUACUCAAAAACACAACAGCAACAAAUAAGCAUGCAUAUAGACAAUAGGGGUGGGAGAAAAAAAAUCGAUGCAUAGAUGCAACGAUUCUGGAUUGAUUAUGAGCUCAGUUUUUAACCGAUGCGCAAUGACGCUGCGUGUGCUUGGUGCGUGUCCAUGGCAUGGAGCAGAGCGAGCGUUUUAAUUAAAGGGUUAGUUCACCCAAAAAUGAAAAUUCUGUCAUUAAUUACUCACCCUCAUGUCGUUCCACACCCGUAAGAUCUUUGCGUUCCGAAGAUUAACGAAGGUCUUACGGGUGUGGAACGGCAUGAGGGUGAGUAAUUAAUGACAUUAUUUUCAUUUUUGGGUGAACUAACCCUUUAAGUCCUGCUGAAGUUCGGAAAAGCUGAAGCAAAUUACAUUCGCGGGAUUCAUUGCACGCACAAGGUAUGAGAGAGCUGUGAGAAACGCGCACUUCGCUUGAUGUUACGGUUGCAGUUUGUGGUCUCGCCCGCCGGUAGGCCUAUUUUCCUUACUAAUGCUCUACAAAAGCAUCAUUUAUGUUGUUUGGAAUGCUGUGGGCUUAUAUAUUAAAAUAUGAAAUUCACUGACAGAAGGCUGCUUUCGAUUUUAAAUUCUCACGUUCGCUUUGUGAAGCGUCCAUGCGGCUGUGUGCGACUAGUGCUUAAAUGUACUUGCUUCUCAAAAUGCUUUUAUGACGCGAAAUUGAUAUAAACACAGUAUGUCUUAAAGACAGGACAGAAACUUCUUAUAUUUCAAAAGAGAUCUGUGCAUAGUCUGGAUGCAGCUUGUUAGACCUCCCGCUAUGGCAUCAGUAAUAAUCAAACAACCGUAAAGCUGAGAAAGUGAAAAAUCACUCACAGCUCUUGAAAGUAAAUGUUCUGAAAUCACUCUUUGUUUAUUGCUUGUAAUGUUUCGUUGUUCCUCUUUAUUAUUUAGGCCUACUAGGCGACUCGCUUGUUUUGAAACUUUAUAUAUGUCCCUAUAUAAAAUUCUUAACAUACAGGUGUAUUACUGUAUUUUUUAACUUUUAAUUAUUUCCAAAGUAAGCUACUUAUAAUUCCAUAUGUAAUUAAAAGCAAUUAAUAAGCAAAUUAAUUAAUAAGAAAAAAAAAGUAUCAAGAAUCCUUUGGGAAUCGGAUCGUGACUCCUAGAAUCGGAAUUGGAUUGGAUUGUGAGGUGCCUAAAGAUUCCAUUUCCACCCUCUAGAUAAGAUAUAUAUAUAUAUAACUAAGGUCUACUAAAAUGUGAUUCCAAUUUUUUUUUUCUCAUAUCACGAUAAAAUAUCGAUAUCGUCUGGACAGUGGAAAAUAUCGUGAUAUGAAUUUUAGCUCAUAUCGCCCACCCCUAGUGUCGCAUGAUCCUUCAGAAAUCUUUCGAAAUAAAUGCAUAAAUGCUGAUUUGCUGCUCAAGAAACAUUUCUGAUUAUUAUCAAUGUUGAAAACAAUUGCGCUUCUUCCUAUUUUUGUGAAAACCGUGCUACAUUUUAUUUUUCAGGAUUCUUAAAUGAACAUAAAGUUCAAAAGAACAGCUUUUAUUUGAAUUAGUACUCUUUUGCAACAAUAUAAAUGCUUUUUUUUAUCCAUUUAAUAUGUCAAUAUUUCAAAAAAUAUUGUUGAUCCCAAACUUUUGAAUGGUAUGUGUUAGGGGUGUAACUGUACACAAACAUGACGGUUAGGUACGUACCUCGGUAUUGAAAUCGCGGUUUGGUACAAGUUCCGUACAGCAAGGGGGAGAUAACUAAACAUAAAAUUGCUUCUUUUUUCUUCUUUUCUUUUUUUUAUUUUUUUUUAUGAAACCUUGGUUUAUUGAACAAAUUAUGUCUCUCUAUUUAAAUAUAUUCAGUUAUAAUUAACAUUUUCUUAAGGAUAGAAAAAAAAAAUCUAUCUCAGCUAAUGCUGUAAAGUAGCCUAUAUAGAGGGAGCACUUUCUUGUACAUUACUAUAAUAUUAAAGGUUACAAUUAACAACAGAGCCCAAACUAUUAAAUUCAUUUGCCAUUUAUUUUUAGAUAUAAUAAUAAUAAUAAUAAACACUCAAAUAAAAAAAUAAAUAAAUAAAAAAACAUGUAAAUUGCACACAAGGCAGGUUUUGCAUUAACUUCUAAAUAUAAUUGUAAAAUUAUUACUCCAAAAUAUUUCUGAAAUAUAAUCAUUUACAUAGUUACUGUCAUAAUUUGUUUUCAUGACAAAUUUAUUUAAACAUUAAAUAAUUAAGACAUUACUAUCAGUUAAAGUAAAUAUAAUGCCUAUAAGCUAAUAUUGUGCAUAUAUUUAGUGAAAGGCGUAAAGACCACAAGUGUCAAGAACUUUUGAUUACUCGAUGGGACACAGUUUACAGAGCUUUAUUAUUUCCAAUACUUUGCAUUUUAAAAUAAAUGUCUGUUCAGUAGUUGCUAUGUAACUAACAGAUGACACAAUUUUAAAAUAGUGGUGAUUCUAAUUAAGUGAUAAAGCAGUUGCAAAUGUUGUACAAAAUACACAUACCCUACCCAUAUUUGCACCAAUAAAAUGUGCAACAAUUUGUUUUACUACCAAAUUAUAUGUAAUAUCUAAUUAAUUUAACUUAAAGUGGAAUUUCAUUCACUUUUCUUUCGUAUAAUAAAGUUGCAAGCUCACCAUAACCAAAGACUUUCUGCAUUUUCUAAAUAUGAUAAAUACUCUAAUUUGGUUAGUUUCAGCUAUUGAUAGGCAUUAAAAUCAUAAGUAAAGCAAUGAUAUUAAGAUCAAAGACAAAAUGGACCAAUAACAGUUCAGUGAUGAUUGAAAUCAUCAAACCUCACAGAUGUGUGAAUGAUUUUUUUUUUUUUUACGCGACUCUGCUUACUGCUUUAUUUUUGCCGGUUUUUUUUUUCUUAAAAUAACAGAUCAUACCGUCACACUCGACAGUUGUCAUUUCUACAAUUCAAGUGAAUCAGCACUGUAACAAGAAUAAAUAUGUAUUGUUUCUGCA